CCUGCUUGUACCUCACCUCACCCAGUCUGACCUCAACAGUCCCUCCCUUCUCCAUCCUCCACAACUCCCAUCAUCAACUCUUUCAUCGACAGAGCGGAUAGGAAUUAUCCUCAGCCUACUGGACCUGCUGCCCAACCGACCAGUUUUCCGUUUAACCGCUUCGGACGAGUACCCGCCACAGUCGCUGCAGAUCCAGCUCGAGCGCGGUUGGGUGUUAGCUGGCGCGCUGCUCGUUAGAAACGUCAUAGUUCAGAUUCCGCCGACCUUGGAUAGCUCUCCGAACCCUCCCCCCACCACCCCCCACCACAAAGUUGACUCCCACCCUUCGAUCCACCAUGAGCAAGCUACCAGAUUUCUUAGUCGCCCAUCUCGGCGUCAACGGGAACGACCAAGCUGGCUCUGGCGCCACGAGUCCGGGCGCCGAGUGGCGAGAUGACGAAGAUGACCAGCAGUCACGUUACAGACCACGGACAUACAAAUACCUUGAGACCCUUCCCUACGAGGUUGAAGAUGAAGCGGAACGCCAAGGCCAUCUGAAUGAAAUCGUCCGGAACCUCUACAUUGCCAUAGAAGCCCGGGAUUUCUCGCCAGGCGCAGUACGCUGGUCGAGGGAGCUUCGCAGCUGGUUGGCACUGAAAUAUGAUCCUCCCCGUAAGACGCGAGCAAAGCUCGUGAAACUCUACUAUGAGCUUGCUAUGGCACCAGGACUGGAUCCCGCAGUUUCCGAGAGAUUCGCAAGCAUGUUCAUGACAAUGACAAAGCGGAAACACUACUUGCGUCCAGGGAAUGACUUGACUCUGGAUUGGAAACAGCUCUACAAAGAGCUCAAGGUCUUCGUGCUGCCCCAAGAAUCGGGAUACGUUCAUUCCACGGUUGUGAAGAGGAAUGUGCGCAUCCUGACGAGGAUGUGCGCAUUUGCGCAAUUCUACUUCGAUCCCGACGGACUCACGGAGAUGUUUGAAGAAUUCAUGCCCUAUUUCACCACCUCAAACAUAGAGGGUGCCUUCGUAGUGGUUGGUUUGCUCAAUCUCCUCAUGCCAACGAGGCCUCCCCCGCCAGAGAGUCCAAAGCUUCAGCCUGCGCAGUACCUCCCUACAUUGUUUGGCCUCUGGUCAUUGGUAAAUCGGUCGAGGACGUUCGAUAUCAACUUUUUGGAUCUGUUUUCUCGGUUGGCUCGAGAUAUGCUUCCGGCGAACCACAUCCCUUUCAGUCAACACGGUAUAUUCACGAAAGAACAGUCGGCUCUGAUCUUCACCGCGAUCUUACGACUCCUCGAGAUUCCCGUUGGCCAAUCAACAUCUCCCUACAGCCAUAAUGUUGAUGCGGGCAUCGGAUUGGCGAUUGCUCUAGAACGAGACCACCGGAAGAGCCCGAUAGCAUACCACAUCGCUAGAUGGGUUGUGAUGUCGCUUUCUCCACAGUGCCUCAACCAGGAGGAUAGCAUUCUGUCCCACCUCGAAGGCUUGAUACAGGCGGUAGAGACGUUCUUCCAUCCAUCAAAUUCAGGCGCAUGGACGAAGACACUCUCACAGCUUGUUUACUACCUGGCCGACUUUUUUGUGAUGCGAUGGAACCGGGAGAAUAGCGGAGAAAUGAAAAUGCCCGCCGACAGAAAGCUGACCCCCGAAUUAAAGGAUCGAUUUGUCCUAUGCCUGAGAGAGGUCACGUUCAUGGGCAUUUACGCGAAGAGCAGCGCCGCUAUGAAUUUCUCCCUUUCCGCUCUUCAGAAUCUCUCUUACCUGCAGCCGAAAUUGAUCUUGCCUGGUGCGUUACAGCGGAUCUAUCCCUCUAUGCAGGGCUUGGUUGAGGUCCACCGUACAACUUCCUCAUUGCGGUCGCUCCAAGUGUUAGCCCGCACUUUGGUAACUACGAGGGGGUUCCGCUGUCACGUUACCAGUUUAUUAGGACUAGCGCUUCCGGGAAUUGACGCCAACGAUCUAGACAAGACUCUCCAUACUCUAGCGUUCGUUCAAGCAUUGUCGUACUGCAUUCCAUUGCACGAUCUGACCCAGGAACACGACGGUUCCGGAUUGGGCAGCCAUCUUGCAAUGGAGUGGGUGAGCGCUGAGGUCGACCGACUGGAACGUGAGGGGACCGAUGUUCAUAUCGACUACGAUAUUGAACUGACCGACGAGUAUGAAGAGGCUGUACUCAGGUCGUCAACUUCGGCAUUCUCGGAAUUCCUCAUCUCCUUCCUAGGCCGUAUCUUUACUCUCCUUGAAAACCUCCCGGACAGCAACCGUGUUAGAAGCGGAUCACCGGAGGAGCAUGUGAUGAACACUCUACCCGCGGCAUUGACUCCACUGUUUGCUGCUCUCUCGCCAGAGCUAUUCGAUAUCGCGCUGCAGAAGGUCGUCGACUUUGUGGGAAACCAUGUCAUUCACCAAGCUCGUGAUCCUAUGGCUUUCAUCUGCAAUGCACUGGCGAAAGUGAAUCCAGAAAAGGCGCUGAAAAUGCUGAUCCCGGUUUUGGUCCGCAACAUCCGUACCGAGAUUGAUGAGAACAAUGCGGCGUCCACCCGCAACACCGGAACCGAUGUCCUUCCACGGGAUCGAGGGCUUGUAUGGAGCAUCAGUAUUCUCAGUAUGUCUAUAGUCCAUGUGGGAGACGCAAUCCUCAAACAUCAGAAGGAUCUGUUCGAUAUUGCCAUGUAUAUGCAGCAAAAGUGCAAAGGGAAUCCGACCAUCCAUGUGUCGAACUUCAUCCACCAUCUGCUUCUCAAUCUCACGGUCACAUAUACAUCGGACUAUGAUCUCGUCCAGUCGAAAUCUGACGGCACUCCGCUGGGAAUCGAGGCAUGGGGCAUUCUGGAGGACUGCAAGGACCUCACGGUCAAGUGGCAUGUUCCCUCGAGGGCGGAGAUCGAUUUCGCGGUGAAGCUGUUUUGCUCACAAGCGGAGGGUGCGGUACAAGCACUCCUAUCAUUGACAUCCGAUGAUUCCGGCGUCAAGAGGGACGGCAUCGGCAAGGAGUGGUCCGACGAGGUUUCGAGGAAUCUAGUACUUCUCCGGCUCGCGAUAUCGGGUGUCUCGGUUUUGUUCGAUCCACGAUACAUUCCCGGUGGUAAGCUGGCGGUAAGAGAGAAGCGUGGCGAGGAUCAAGACACCGAAAUGAAGGAUGAUACCGACGGUGAUGGUGAUGCGGAUAUCGAGGUUGAGGCACAGGAUGAUGAACCCAAGACAACCCAUCGCUAUCCGGCUGGCUACUCCUUUGACGAUACCCACGAUCCGUUGUAUAUCGCCAUUCACGAACUGCGUGACCGUAUUGGCAACUCGCUUCAUCAAGUCCACAAAUUUUUAACUUCGAAGCAGGAGGACGAUGUGGCAUGUUUCAACGCGUUAUACACCACCUACCGUGCUUGGUUCAUUGAUGUCGGAAUCGAAAGAUCAGCCCAUAUAGUUGACAGGGUUACAAGAUUGCUGGUCGCCGACAUCACAACCUUCAAAGUUAGCGGUCUCCACAAAUGUUACCCUCGACCAAUGCUACUACGCAGAUCACAUUUAUACCACCUACAGCGACUGAGGCACAACUGUGGUCCUCGACCGCAGUCCGAGUUGGACAAACAGUUGUUGCUUGAUCUGGCAGAGUCAUGCGUGUCCCUCUACACGGACAUCAGGAGACAUGCUCAGAGUGCGGGUGAAUCUGCGACGAAGGUCAUCGUUGGUGCUAGACCGCUAGUAAUCCCGCCUCUCCUCAAGGCCUUCGAAGAGGCAGUCAAGACCAGCGACUUCAAACGAAUGAAAGGAGCCAUGUACACUUUACUUUAUGGAAGCUUGGCAAAAACAGCUGGAAGAGACUGGCACUUUGCGCCGUCGUUGAUACGAUCCUUCAUCUCCGCGAGCACCGCCGACAAGCCUUCCAUCCAGAAACUUGCUACAGGCAUAGUCUAUCAUAUAAUGGACUACGGUCGUCCAGUGGAACGUAUGGUCAUUCUGAACGACAUGCGGGUGCGGAGUAUUGCUCCCAAUGAAGACCUUUUAGGUCUCAUUGCCAACAAGCGGGAAAAGCUUCAGAAAAAGAGAAAUUUUAUUGAGCGCAAGAAGGCGGAGCUCGCAUUGGAGCUGGUUGAACUAGCCAAAAACUCGCAUUGGAAAACAGCUUCACGAAUUGUCACUGUCAUUGUCAGCUUGGGUCUGAGAUUCACAACAAUUGCUCCCCAAAGUUUGCUCGAGUUGGCUACUGUUGGAACGGUAGAUUCGCAUCCCGGACUCCGGGGUCUGUACUCUGGUGCACUGGUAGCGCUGUUCUGCCUCAUCGAGUUACGAGCCAUAUGUUCUCAUGACAUGAAGAAUCUUCUCAUGGAGAAUUUCCAUCUUCCGCAGAAAAUCUCGGUUCUGACGAAGCGAGAAGACCCCAACUGGACGAAGGAGUUCCUCUCAGCCUUUUCCGAGCCCGAAGCGGAGUACUUCGUGGAUCACGACUACCCGGGGUGGCUUGUUUGGGGCAAGGACUUCCCUGCGUACAAGAUUGACCCACAGGAAGAUUUACAAUACGACGAAGUGGAAGAGAGCGCCAGGAGAGCCAUCGGAACGCAUUUAACUCGCGCAUGGUUCAAGACUUUCUUCGGAUAUCUCAAGCAAGAGCCUCGAGACGGAGUCCCGGAUCGCUUCAGAAUGGCGGGUUCGAUGCUACUGCAGUAUGCAUUCAACCUUGUGAGGGAGGGAGUCGCGGAGGCUACCUUGGACGACAUCAAGGAAGAGAUUGUGGAUGUUCUGGGCGAUGGCAGCGACAAGCACAUGCAUCGCGCAACUGCAGAGAUCUUGGGUGCCUUGGUCUCGUCGUAUAGGGACUCGACAUUGACCAAUAGAACAAUGAUGUGGGAUUAUGUUUUCCCAAUAGUGAAGACGAUAUUCGAAGAGGGGUUGACUCCAGAGAACGCUUCGUACUGGAUAUCGUUCUUGCAUUUAAUUCUGCAAGGAAGAGAUCCGAGACGGUCAUGGCCUAUCGUGGAAUGGCUGACUUCUUUCCGGCUGGACAUGGGUUCCAACGCUGCUUUCAAGGAGAGCUCCAAGAUACAGUUGCUGCAGCAGUCCAUCGUGGAAGCUGGUUGGCAUUUCCAGAGCGAAGGACCUAUCCUAGAGGACUUCCUAAAGCACCUUGACCACCCCUACAAAGGGGUUCGUGAAGCCAUGGGAGGAACCCUUGGAAUGAUCUAUCGCAAUAGGCAUCACAUUUCGUAUGCCAGCGUAGAGGAGUUGAUGGAGGCGCAAGCCAAAGCCUCCUCUGUUGGGACCGCCCCCUACCAACCGACCGCAGAAUUCGCGGCGACGAUAGAGGACGUGUUCAACCGCCUCAAGAAGUGGCGCCAUGAGCGGCCUCCAGGAACGCAGGGACCUACGUCGUAUACUUCCGCCAGCAAAACGGUGCUCUUGUGGCUCGAAACAACGCUGUCGUCGCACGAGUGCACGCAGCUAAUCCCAUUCUUCCCCAACCUCUUCAUUCCCGAGAUGCUCCACAUGAUGGACAUCAAGGAGGACCCAGAAUUAAUGUCGCUAGCCUAUCAUGUUUUUCGACACCUACCCAACGUUCCGCAUGCUGUGAAUCAGGACCACGAAUUCAUCACCUCGCUCGUCAACAUCGGCACCACAUCGACGCUAUGGCACCAACGGCUGCGUGUACUCAUCAACAUGCAAGUGAUCUACUUCCGUCGGCUCUUCCUAAUCUCCCGCGAAGAACAAGAGCGCAUCUUCACCUCCGUCUCCAACAUGCUCGAAGAUUCGCAGCUUGAAGUUCGUCUCGGUGCCGCCGCCACUCUGUCAGGAAUGAUUCGCUGCUCACCUGUCCGCCUCCGCGAAGGAAUCCUACAAGAACUCAAAUCCAAGUUCACCACCAUGUUGGUUCAGAACCCGCUGCCCAGACGUGCGGGAGCAGGUACACCUACGCCGGAUUACAAUAGAAUCGUGUUGAUCCGUCACGCGGCUGUGCUCGGUCUUGGUGCCCUCGUCCAGGCGUUCCCAUACACCUCGCCACCGCCUAGUUGGUUGCCUGAGGUGCUAGCUACGCUUGCCUCCCGUGCGGCUGGAGAUCCAGGUGCGGUAGGUAAGAGUGUCAAGACUGCUCUGGGAGAGUUCAAGAAGACGAGACAGGAUACUUGGCAUGUGGAUGUUAAGGCCUUCAGCAGCGAUCAAUUGGAGGACCUCGAGGGUGUUCUUUGGAAGAGUUAUUUUGCUUAGAGGACUGUAGUUUAGAGAUCGGGCCCGAGGAAUAUGAUGAGUGAUGAUGCGCAUGCUUUUACUCUCUUAUUUUUUUUUAUCUUUUGUUUGGCUAAUUUGUGGGAGGGAACGGAGUGAGUACUGCUUUGCUUGGAUGCUCUCAUCCUGAUAAUAGAGAUCUACUUGCUAUGCUUCUUUUUUUCUUUCUUUUGUCAUAAUGCAUUGAAUCCAAAUAUCUAGAUCAUGGCAUAUCUACACGCU